AUGUCUUCGAAGGAUAAGUUCCAAGAGUUGGUGGACUCAUUGAAACCAAGAACAGCUCACCAAUACAAAACCUACUAUACAAAAUACAUACAAUGGUGCCAGCUUAACCAGAUUAUACCGACACCGGAAGAUGAUUCUACAAAUAGCGUCCCUUAUAAAGACCUACCCAUAUCCGCAGAACUCAUACAUUGGUUCCUACUGGACACGUUGAUAACGGAUGAUAAGUUUGAAGAGAAGCAAGAAGAUGAAGAGUUUGAUGAUGAGGAAGAAAAUUCGUUCAAAAUCGCUACUUUAAAGAAAAUCAUUGGAAGUUUAAACUUCCUUUCUAAAUUAUGUAAAGUGCAUAACAAUCCAAAUGCUAAUAUAGACACCAAAUAUCUGGAACUAGUCACAAAGCUGCACACACACUGGCUAGAUUCUCAGAAGGCAAUAACCGCUAACGAAACAAAUAAUACUAACACUCAGGUGUUAUGCCCACCCUUACUAAAAGUCUCUCUGAAUUUAUGGAAUCCACAAACUAAUCAUCUUCCUGAAAAAUUCUUUAAAACUUGCUCCGAAAAAUUAAGGUUUCUGGUAGAUUUCCAAUUUAGAAGCUACUUGAAUCUAUCGUUUGAGGAAAGGUCUGAAAUACGAUUUGGUUCCCUCAAGGUCGGCCGAACAGACAAAGACUCUAUAGUAUACCAUAAAACUAUUCACACAAAGGAAAACAAAGACAUGUCGAGUCAUCAUCAACUCGUAGCACUGUUACCACAGGAUUGUCCCUUUAUUUGUCCUCAAACUACACUGGCAGCAUACCUGUAUCUGAGAUUUUAUGGUAUACCAUCUGUUUCAAAAGGUGAUGGCUUCCCCAACUUGAACGCUGAUGAAGAUGGCUCGCUUUUACAAGACUUGCCCAUACUAAGAGGCAAGUCAUUGACCACUUACCCAAGAGAAGAGACUUUUAGUAACUACUAUACCACCGUAUUUAGGUAUUGUCACUUACCUUAUAAACGGAGAGAAUACUUUAAGAAAUCUAACCUGGUUUACCCAACCUGGGACGAAACCGUUUUUCAAAAUUUCUUUGAUGAAAAAGCCCAUGGAAAUUGGUUAGAACAACCUGAGGCUUUCGCAUUCCCAGAUAGAAUUCCAUUCGAUUUUAAAAGAGUCAUGAAUCUCAAAUCGCCUUACACUUCAUAUUCUAAAACCGGUGAUAAGGACCCACUAUCGCCUCCAAAGGAUUUGCUAGUUCAGAUCUUUCCUGAAAUUGACGAAUAUAAAAGACACGGCUACAAUGAUUUGUCCCAGGAUGCAAAGGAGUUUCUAGGAUUAAUGGAGAAACUGCGAGAAAGACUACUGAGCAACUUGCCAUGGAUUUUCAAAUACUUCCCGAACCAUGAUAUAUUUCAGGAUCCAAUUUUUGGGAAUUCCGAUUUUCAAUCUUACUUUAAUGAUAAAACAAUACAUUCAAAUGGUCUCAACACUUUACCAUUCGAUAUAUUGCCGGGCUUCAAUAAGAUUUAUAAAAAUGAAUCGAAUUUUUGCAACCUCUUAAUUGAACCACCUUCGCAGUUGUCUUUGUCAACGACUAGUAAUCCAGACUCGCGUGUCCCCCAAAGAGCAGAAUCAGAAGGUCCAUCUCAAAUGGCACAAAUUGAUACUGCUCACAUGAGCGAAUUAUUAAAGGAACAAAGUUUCGAGUUUGUUCAAUUUCAAACACUGUCUAACUUCCAGAUCUUAUUAUCGGUGUUUAAUAAAAUUUUUGAAAAAUUAGAAAUGAAAAAAUCUUCAAGAGGUUAUAUUCUACAUCAACUCAACCUAUUCAAAGACACCUUAAAUGAUAGGAUCAAGAAAUCUAAAAUCAGUGAUUCUGAUAAAUACAUCCGCGAUAUCCAGCCUAUAAAGAAGGAGGAAAUUACUAUAAAUGGGGAUGGACCAAAUAAUGUACGCCGGGCAAAGAGGCCAAAACCAAUCAGGUUACUUUCAAUCGCGGAUUCCUCAGACGAUUCCUCAGCAGAGGGUUCGAAUCUAUUCAAAAGGGACGAAGAAGCUAAUGGUGACGACGAUGCCGAUGAAGAAAAUGAAGAUGAAGAUGAAAAUGAUCCUGAAAUGCAGGAACAAUUGAAAUCUAUGAUAAAUGAACUCAUCAACUCAAAGAUAACCACUUUUCUACAGGAUCAAAUGGAACAAUUCGAGCUGAAGUUAAACGCUUCACUAGAUAAAGUUCUCGAAGAAAAAGUUGCUCGUAUCAUUGAACAAAAAUUUAAUACAUAUGCUACGCCACUUUCGACUUUGAAGAGAUCGCAAUCUCAUAUGACAGAAGAUGUCGCAUUUGAUAUCGAUAUCUCGAAGAAGCCUAGGUUCAGUGGUAAAUACGCGGAGCCUGUAGAAGAUAAGGAUGACCGUCAACCCAUCUCCGGUUCGGUAUCACCAGCGCUCGAACAAGACCUGCAAGAAAACAAGGAUGCUGAUGAACAGCCUUUCAUGCUGGACAAUUCUAUAGAUACAAUAGAAGGAAUAAUUCUUGAAUGGUUCACUCCAACCCCCAAGUACGGCAAUCAAUGCGUUCACUCAAUGAACAAAUCUGGCAAUAAGUCUUGGAGAGUUAAUUGUGAAGCAUUAUACAAGGAAAGGAAAUCAAUAGUUGAGUUUUAUAUUCACUUGGUCAACCAUGAAAACCUUGACAGAUACAAAGCGGUAGACAUUUGUGAGAAAAUACGGGAUCAAAACGAAGGUUCGUUUUCCCGCUUAGCGAAGUUCCUAAAGAAGUGGAGACACGAACAUCACAAUUCAUAUGAUGGACUGUUGGUCUAUUUAUCUAGUUGA